AGCAAUAUUCCCAACUCCAUAUCGCAAGGAUGUGGACUGUCCCUUCCUGUUUUAGUGCCGAGAGAGCCACCGUAGCGCCUCAGACAGCAGCAGGAAUACAGGCACCCACAACGCGAUUAUGUCCGGAUUUUCGCCGCGUUCGUCGGGCACACGGAGCCGCAGUGCGCGCCGCGGGCUGCGCCGCUUUCGCUGUUAGGGGACGCGGUUACGCUGUUCUCCCGGUAGCUGGUAACAUAGCAGGCCUGUUUAUUGCGCUGCCAACCCUUGUUCCUUUCCUGUGUCAAUGAUUGUCCUCCCCUCAGUCUCUCAUGGCGGAGACUAAAAUAAUAUAUCACAUAGACGAGGAGGAGACUCCUUAUCUGGUCAAGCUGUCUGUUCCUCCGGAGAAAGUCACUUUAGCGGAUUUUAAAAAUGUCCUCAACAACCGACCCGUCAAUAGCUACAAAUUCUUCUUUAAAUCCAUGGACCAGGAUUUUGGGGUCGUCAAAGAGGAGAUUUCCGACGACAACGCCAAGCUGCCGUGCUUCAACGGGCGGGUGGUGUCCUGGCUGGUCCUGGCAGAGAGCGCUCACUCUGAUGGAGGGUCUCAGUGCACGGAGAGCCACCCAGAGCUUCCCCCUCCCCUCGAGAGAACAGGGGGCAUCGGAGACUCGCGACCCCCCUCCUUCCAUGCCAACGCAGUGAGCAGCCGUGACGGCCUGGACACGGAGACGGGGACGGAGUCUCUGCUGAGCCACCGCAGGGAGCGAGAGAGAGAGCGCGCACGCAGGAGAGCGAGAGAGACUGAGCUCCCUCGCAUCAACGGUCACUCUAAAUCCGAGCGCACCGCCAGGGACUCGGCCAUGGGUUACGACAGCGCCUCGGUAAUGAGCAGCGAGCUGGAUUCCAGUUCAUUUGUUGACAGCGAGGAGGAUGAGGAUGCCAGCAGGCUCAGCAGCUCCACAGAACAAAGUUCUUCUUCGCAGCUCAUGCGCAGACACAAGCGGCGCAGACGGAGACACAAAAUGGCCAAGAUAGACCGGUCUUCGUCUUUCAGCAGUAUCACAGACUCCACCAUGAGCCUCAACAUCAUCACCGUCACACUCAACAUGGAGAAGUACAACUUCCUGGGCAUCAGUAUUGUAGGUCAGAGUAACGACCGGGGAGAUGGCGGCAUUUACAUCGGCUCCAUCAUGAAGGGAGGAGCCGUGGCUGCUGACGGCAGAAUAGAACCAGGAGACAUGCUCCUGCAGGUAAAUGAUGUGAAUUUUGAGAACAUGAGCAACGAUGACGCUGUGAGGAUCCUGAGAGAAAUCGUUUCUAAGACUGGCCCCAUCAGUCUCACUGUCGCCAAAUGUUGGGAUCCGUCUCCGCGGAGUUACUUCACCAUCCCUCGUGCGGAGCCAGUGAGACCCAUCGACCCUGCAGCCUGGAUUUCUCACACCACAGCGCUGACGGGACCUUAUCCACAUUACGGUAUAGACAGCAAGAGUCUUCUUUAUGGAAACACUUUGAGUAAUAAUUCAGAUUCUGACAAACAUAAACAUGUUUUUCCCCGUUCUUUCUCCAUCUCAGAAUUUGAUGACCUGCCUCUGUCGGUUGGUAAAACAGACAUGGCAACCAUUGUGAAGGUGAUGCAGCUGCCUGACUCUGGCCUGGAGAUACGCGACAGGAUGUGGCUGAAGAUCACCAUCGCCAAUGCCGUCAUAGGUGCUGAUGUGGUGGACUGGCUUUACUCCAGAGUGGAGGGCUUCAAGGACCGGCGAGAUGCAAGGAAGUACGCGAGCAGUCUGCUGAAACAUGGCUACCUGAGACACACCGUCAACAAAAUCACCUUCUCCGAACAGUGCUACUACACAUUUGGGGACCUCUGCCAAAACAUGGCGUCACUCAAUCUGAAUGAGGGAUCCAGUGGUGGAGGCUCUGAGCAGGACACGUUGGCGCCGCUACCUCCCACCACCAACCCCUGGCCUCUUGGCGGGCAGCCGUUCCCUUACCCUCCGUUUCCGUCGGCGCCCCCCUGCUUCCCGCCGGGAUACUCCGACCCGUGCCACAGUUUCCACAGCGGGAGCGCCGGCAGCCAGCACAGUGAGGGAAGUCGAAGCAGUGGAUCGAACCCCAGCGCUGGCAAAGACAGACGCUCCCCGCAGGAGAAGGCUCAGAGGACGACGUGCUGCGAGUCAGAGCCGGGCGUCCGCGGAGCGAGGCGGGGCGACCGCUCCGGCAGCCAGAUGAGCCACCACAGCCACGCCAGGUCGAGCCUGAGCCACAGCCACUCGCACAGGAGCCACUCGCUGUCCCAGAGCAACCACCCCUCCUUCGGCUACAGCCAAACCGCCUUCACCCAGGCGGGGCCGGGCUCCUGCGCGCAGAGCGAGCGGAGCCAUGCCUCCUCCUACGGCCCCCCAGGCUUGCCUCCCCCUUACUGUCUAGCUCGCUUCGCCCCCAAACCCUCGGUGAGCAGCAGCACGCCUCCCGGAGCACCGCCGGGGAGAGAGCUGGCAUCCGUUCCCCCGGAGCUCACCGCCAGCCGCCAGUCGUUCCAGCACGCCAUGGGCAACCCCUGUGAGUUCUUUGUGGACAUCAUGUGACAGGACAGUGCCUUCAAAAACACAGUGAGCACAAAACAAUCCUCCCUGAACUCACUUGCGUGUUUUUCUUUUUUCUCCUCAGUCGUUUGAGCACCCUUAAAGCUGCGGUAUGUAACUUUUAUAAAAAAAAUUUUUUUUUUCCUUUUUAUUAUUUCUUAAAACUGCCACUAUUUCAUGACAGUAUAUUAUAAGACAGACAAAAUAAGAAAUAUUCAACUUCCUCUAGACAACCAAUCACAGCCAGGAGGAGGGUCUUAUCGCUGCCAAUCCAGCUCAUGUUCUCACAUUGUCCUCCUUACUAUCUGUUAUGCUACAUCUUCUUACAGAUAGCAGAACCGGUCAUGAGUAUUUAGUUUAAUUAGCAAAAUCAAUAUAGAAAUAAAAAAAUUAAAUGUGCCAACAAAUCGGCCCAGGUUUCCAUUAUUUUGGGAUUGACUGAAUGUGAAGACGAUCUCAUCUACCUCGACAAACGUCUGGAAACGAACCGCUGAGGCUUGACUGACAGACCCACCAGCUCAUGUCUGCACUUUCGCAGAUACUAAUAGUAACUCUACUGUUACCAACUCACUGGCUUUCUUGCUAAAUUUAUCAACAUUUCAGACCAAAAUUAGAAUCAGCAGGUCAGGCCUUUUGAAGAUCAUAACCAGAAAACUAAUUGGUGCAGGAACCAUAUGGGAUAAUAUAAAGUCACCACCUAAAUAUCAUAGAAAAAAAAUAUAAUCGAAGAAUGCAAAGACUUAUCAGUCGAUCAUAAAAUUAAUGAGAAUUUUAAUAAAAUAUGUAAAAAUGAAAAAAGUUACACAGUUCAGUACAGUUUUAAAUAAUGUUUAAACUCAUAAAGGCCUUUUACAGAAUGCUAAGGCUAGUUAGCAUGACCACCAAUGAUAGUGGAUAAACAGUUUUCCUUUAACAGUAAGUUUUUUUGACCUUCCUCCUAUUUCUGAUUGGUUGUUUUUGGCAUUUCUUUAAACAGCAAUAGUAACAAUAGGUGGCAGUAGAGAUCUAAUAUUAGCCUGUCACAACAUGGUGACAGUUUUAGUAAAUGUAUAAAAAACAGAUUUAUUUUUUUAAAGUUACGCACUGCAGCUUUACGUUCAGAAUGUAGAUACCACCCGGGCCCCUCAGCGGCCCCUCAGCGGCCCCUCAGCGGCCCCCUCAGCGGCCCCUCUGCAGCCCCUCAGCUUCCCGAUGUCCUCAGAAAGGAAUAGGGGCUGCGUUAGCACAAAGGAAGGAUUCUUCUCGCUCACAAGCACAGGUGCUCCACCUGGACCCCACCAGCCCCCGCGCCCCUUUUUUUAUGGACAUGUACAGUUUGUGAAACGUUAGUGCUGUUCGGUGUGGUGACGUCUUCAAAGCUGCCACGCAGACAUCCUGGGGUAAAACCUCGGACAUCGUCUGUCCAGCGAGACCUUUACCUUGCCUGGAACUGGAUCUCAAUCCCCCAGACCCAGACCCAAAACUCUGGACUAAGUCUGUUUGUGUCCAAGCCUCCACCGUUUCUGGGGCUUCUUCGCCAGCAGCUUGCCUGAGCUCUGACUUGCCAACACGAACCGUGAUCUGUGGACCCAACAACCGACUGCCAGUUUGACCAAGGCUGCGUCGUGCAUGUCUGAACUGCUUUAAAGAAAUUUUAUGAAUUCAUUUUGUUUGAAGUAUUAACUAAACUGGAGGGAAGGAGGUUUCCUCUUGUUCUAAAGGAUGAAUCCGUACACUGGAAGAUUUUGUGAUGUUAUUUAUGUGGUCAUGUUGCAUUGCUGAUGUUGUCACAGUUUGUUUCCUCUAAGCUUCCUGACAGACAAUCAGACAUCACCCUUUGUGAAUCAGAGGCUACUUUCCGCUUUCUCUGCUAUUUUCUGUCAAACAUGCAAUAGAUGUCAAACGUCUACACACCCCUGUAACUGCAAAAGGUUCUAAAUAAGCCAUUUUUAGAACCUUUUCCAACUUUAUUGUAAAAAUAUUUCCUCUAUUAUUCACCUGGAAAACAAAUAAAUCUGUUAGAAGAUGAAAUAUACAAAAGAUAAAUGCGGCAGUGACCUGGUUGCAUAAAUUUCCACAACAUUAAAUGAUUCAGUGUUCUUGAGUUCAUAUCUGUCAUGAAUAAUAGAGAAUUUCAUGAACGUCAAAUCAAUUUCAGCUGUCCCAGAGGGACUUUCCUCACAUUUGCAUUAUUUAGCUAAAGCAGAAGCUUAAGGAGAGAAUAACAAUAGAUCUUAACAAUGUUAUGAUCUUUCUCAGAAGAACAAUAAAGAUAGCAUUAUUUUUACAUAAAUAUAUAUCAGUAGUUAGAGAACUUCAUGCAAUCUAGCAACAACUUGAAUUAAAUGACAUAUGAUUGGAUGAAACGCUCACAAAAUGCAAAUCACAAUGAAAAUCACACCACUCUCCAAACAGGAAAUUGUAAAAAAAAAAAACCCAUUAAGGUGGAAAAAGUUCUAAAAUAAUUGAUCAAAUUGUCACAUUUUCAUCAGGAGUGUGAACGUUUUACAUCCACUGCGUCGUUAUUCCCAUCAGAUGAGACGACCUGGACAUUUCCAACACUUUAAGCACAGUAGCAUCAGCAGAAAUGUGAGCACAACUAUCCAGCUGCCAAACCAGGUUGUUGUUGCAGCGUCGUAAAAAGUCGGCGAGAGAAGCCGGCGCCUCGCAUCAUGUGGUGGAUCGUUCUUUCUUAUGUCAGAGUUGUUUUAUGUUGCCAAUUUUCUGUUUGUUUGUUUGUUAUUGCCAUCAGUUUCUUUUCAUUUCACAUGAGUUUAAAGUGACUUCAAGGGGAAUCCUGGCCAACAGAAUGACUCUUGCAAAACAACGGCAAACCCCUGUUGCAUCUACUUAAAGAAUAUCUACAACAGGGAAAUAACACUCUAGUUUUAUGUGCACUUUUUCAUUUUGUCUCUCCCUUUAAGUAUGAAACACUGUUUGCAAUCAAAGCUUUCUCUUACAUUUUGUUUCGUUACAAAAGAAGAAUAAAAUGUACAUAGAAAUUUAUUAUAUAUAAGAAUUAAAAAUAUAUCUGUUCAA